ACAUCGUGCGCCUAUUUCAGUCCAUUCAGAAGAUUGCAGGGAGAGAGGGAGUGGUUUGAGGCUCGUGCGUUUGGAGAGCAACAAGUGGCAUGUCAUUUGUUUCAAAGGAACUGCGGAACGUGGUGCAUACGUCACCGCUCCAGCCAGGUGGCAUUCCAAGCAGGGAGAGGAGCGAAGACGUGGAGGCACAAUCAACAUUCCCAAUCAGAAUCCUAGUCAGGAUGUAAGGCGCGCGUAAAGCAAAUCUCACUCAAGCACGAUCGAGCGAACACCGUGCGCUACUGGCACCGAAAGAGGAAGAUACGUUCAAGAUUGCUUUUGUGUUUGGACGCAAAAACUCAAGGACUUAAAAAAAAAAUAUAUAUAUAUAUUUUACAAACAAGUGAUCUGGGUAUACAGAAAGACCACGGGGAGGACAUUCAACAUGUCUUCUUCACAAGUAUCGUCAUCCCGGAGACAGUCGUGCUAUCUCUGCGACCUUCCCCGCAUGCCCUGGGCUAUGAUUUGGGAUUUUACCGAAGCAGUAUGCAGAGGCUGUGUGAAUUACGAAGGCGCGGACCGGAUCGAGUUUGUUAUCGAAACUGCACGGCACCUCAAACGUGCUCAUGGUUUCCAGGAGGGGAGAUCCCCCGGUCCACCGCCUCCGCCCACCGUGAAGACCCAGGCGGCAAUUUCGACAAAAGAGACAGUGCAGCAUAAUCAUGUGGACGGCCCGUCUAAACAGCAGCCCUCCGGUAUGGAUCGCUACUCCCUCAGCAGCGACAGACCGCGCUUUGACUACUCCGGUAUUGGCGCGCACACCAGCAGGCUCCCCAACGGACUGAGCGGUCCAAAUGGCUUCCCUAAACCAGAUGACGGACCUCCAGAGCUGAAUCGACAGAGCCCGAACUCCCGUCGGAGCCACGGGAUGGUAGCAGUCCCAGGACAAAUGGCGGUGCCGCCAAACCUGCUACCCCAGACCUUGUUGAACGGACCCCCGUCAUCUGCAGUCAUUGCCCCGCAUAGCUUGGCCAGUCGACCCCCACCGCCCUCUGUUGUGGGCUCCGCAUUGUCUCUGGGUUCUCAGACCGUGUCAGACCAGGGCAAGCGACCUGGGUCCGUAUCCAGCACCGACCAGGAGAGAGACCUGAAGGAGAAGCAACGGAACGUCGAGGCUCUGUCUGAACUCAGUGAGAGCCUAAGGAACAGGGCAGAGGAAUGGGCAAACCGACCCAAAAUAGUGAGAGAGACUCUUCUUACGUUGUCUAAUUGCACGCCGUUUGAUGUGAGGUUUAAGAAGGACCAUUCUCUCGUGGGUAGAGUGUUUGCGUUCGAUGCAGUGUCCAAACCUGGCAUGGACUACGAGCUAAAGAUAUUUAUUGAAUAUCCCAGUGGAUCUGGUAACGUGUUUUCCAGUGCAUCUGGGGUGGCCAAGCAGAUGUACCAAGACUGUAUGAAGGACUUUGGCAGAGGUCUGUCCUCCGGGUUCAAGUAUCUUGAGUAUGAAAAGAAGCAUGGUUCAGGGGACUGGCGACUGCUCGGAGACUUGCUACCAGAGUCUUUGCGCUUCUUUAAAGAAGUGUUAGGCGCUGAGAUGUUGCCCCAGCCCUACGUUGAUGCCAGCUGCCCCUUGCUGCCCACCUCGCUGGUUAGCAUGCCCCGUGCCUUGCCAUCAGCGAGUGCCCCGAGGACUGGAGUGCGGAAACGUAAAGCCUCUCCCGAACCCGACUCAGCUGAGGGAGCUCUCAAAUUGUCGGAGGAACAACAACGGCAGCAGUGGAUGGCCAGCCAGAGCGAAGCAUUGAAGCUGACCAUGGCUGCCGGAUCGUUCGCUGCCUCCCAUGGGGGACCCCCGCCCCUCGGCCCUGGCCAUUCGGUUCACUCCAGUCGCGCCACACCCCCUGAAUCCGCGCCCCAAAACGGACAGUCCCCUAUGGCCGCGCUCAUGUCUGUGGCAGACACUCUUGGCAAUGCGCACUCGCCGAAGGACAACAACUCGGUGCACUCUACCACGUCAACUAGACAUGGCAGCAGCAGCCCGGUUUCCCCCGCCUCCGUGUCUGGUCAGCGGCGUUUGGCCUCUCGUAAUGGGGAGCUAAAUAUGUCUGGCGCGCCCUCUCAAUCCAGUGCGCAUUCGGGCAUGGAUCAAGUUCACGCGCAAAACAUUCCAGAUUCGCCCAUGGCGAACAACGGACCUCUGUGUUGUACCAUUUGCCAUGAACGUUUAGAGGAUACACAUUUUGUUCAGUGCCCGUCCGUUCCUAAUCAUAAAUUCUGCUUCCCGUGUUCACGGGAGAGCAUCAAAGCGCAAGGAGCCACCGGGGAGGUGUACUGUCCCAGCGGGGAGAAGUGUCCCCUGGUUGGCUCUAACGUGCCUUGGGCGUUCAUGCAAGGUGAAAUAGCGACCAUAUUAGCUGGGGACGUUAAGGUAAAAAAAGAGAGAGACCCUUAGAUGUAAUGUAACUGGGUUCCUUCUAGAAAACUGAAUUUUAGUCGGAACAUAUAAAUAUUAUACAUGUGAAUAUUCAAACUGACAAAAUAGUCAAUGUACAAAGGCGCGUUAAAUUGCUGUUUUGAGUCAAAGGAACGUUACAAACGACAGUACAGUGCGUGAUGUCACUUAAAUUGAACGGGGAUGUUGUGACGGUUGCUCGUGUUGUUUUGGACAGCUGUGGGGAGUUAAAUGUACUUGGUGAUAACUGCUACAGGUGCUCUCCCCUCAACUCAUGCAUUUCUCAUAGAACGGCCAGUUAAUAGUCCUGACGAAUAUCCAACUGUAUGUUUGUAAAAUGGAACUACGUGUAGAAAGAUUCAAAAACAGAUGUUUUUAGUAAAUCACUUAACUAUUCGAUUUGAAUAGCUUACAAAAAAUUCUGAGGAUUUUUCAUUUUACGUUAAUUUUUCAUUUUUAUAUAUAUUUUUUACAGCAAUAUAUCUAAUUUCUUCUUGUGACAAUUUUACCGUGUAUUAUUCAUUUUCCUUCGUCCCUGUUUUGAUAUUUGACGAUGCACGGGCGCAAAGAUAGAGCACACCGCUGUACAUGGACGUAAACUGAUUGUUUAUACAUUUCUGUAGUAACAGAUGACUUGUAAACGUGCCUUGGAGCUGAGUUAAUUGUAAUAAAUUCCAUUGA